CCCCAGAGAGGACACACCCUGUGUGUCUGUCUGUCCGGAGGGCCCCCAGGUCUCCUCCAUCCUCACGGCCUUGGACCGCAGGGAGGAGACGCCAUGGCCCCCACCCUCCCCGCCCUGCUCUGCCUCGGGCUGAGUGUGGGCCUGAGGACCCAGGUGCAGGCCGGGACCCCCCCCAAACCCACCAUCUGGGCUGAGCCGGGCUCUGUGGUCCCCUGGGGGAGCCCCAUGACCAUCUGGUGUCAGGGGACCCUGGGGGCCCAGGAGUUCCAUCUGGAUAAAGAGGGAAUCUCAGUCCCCUGGGACAGACAGAAACUCCUGGAGCCCGGGGACAAGGCCAAGUUCUCCAUCUCACAGAUGACUGAUCAGUAUGCAGGGCGCUAUCGGUGCUACUAUCUCAGGGGAACUCUCUGGUCAGAGCGCAGUGACCCCAUGGAGCUGGUGGUGACAGGACCCUACAGCAAACCGCGCCUCUCAGCCCUGCCGAGCCCUGUGGUGACCUCGGGAGGGAACGUGACCCUGCAGUGUGUCUCCUAUCAGGGAUUUAACAGGUUCCGUCUGACCAAGGAAGGAGAAGACGAGUCCUCUCGGACCCUGGAUGGACAGUGGGGCUCCUAUAGGCAGACCCAGGCGCUGUUCCCCGUGGGCCCCGUGAGCCCCGGACACGGGUGGACGUUCAGAUGCUACGGCUUUAACAGGGACACCCCCUGGGUGUGGUCGGCCCCCAGCGACCCCCUGGAGCUCCUGGUCCCAGGGCUGUCUGGGAAGCCGUCCCUCCUGACCCCGCAGGGCCCUGUCGUCACCUCUGGACAGAACCUGACCCUUCAGUGUCGCUCUGACAUCGGCUACGCCAGAUUCGCUCUGUCCAAGGAGGGGGGCUGGGACCUCCCCCAGCGCCCUGCCCGGAGGGCCCAGGGGGGGCUCUCUCAGGCCGACUUCCCCCUGGGCCCGGUGAGAACCUUCCACGGGGGCCGGUACAGAUGCUACGGUGGACACGGUCUCUCCUCUGAGUGGUCGGCCCCCAGCGACCCCCUGGAGCUCCUGGUGGCAGGAGAGGGGCCAGCGGGACUGCUCAGAGACAGACCCUCCCUCUCGGCGCGGCCGGGCCCCUCGGUGGCCCCGGGGGAGAACGUGACCCUGCUCUGUCAGUCAGGAGACUGGACGGACACUUUCCUUCUGUCCCAGGAGGGGGCAGCCCACCGCCCCCUGCGUCUGCGCGCCCAGGACCAAGGCGGGCAGUUCCAGGCCGAGUUCUCCUUGAGUCCUGUGAGCUCGGCCCACGGGGGCACCUACAGGUGCUACCGCGCGCUCAGCACAGACUCCUACCUGCUGUCGCAGCCCAGCGAGCCCCUGGCGCUUCUGGUCUCAGGCCUCACGUGGUACCUGAGUGUCCUCAUCGGGGUCUCGGUGACCUUCGUCCUGCUGCUCCUGGUCGUCCUCCUCCUCUUCCUCUGGCACCGGGGUCGGGACAGACGCAGGAAGUCGGGGGCCGCAGACCCAGGGCGUGAGGACAGAGGACCACAGAGCAGCUCCAGCCCAGCCGCGGACACCCAGGACCAGGCCAUCUAUGCUGCCGUGAGCGACGCACAGUCUGAGGUGGGGCUGCAGCUGGACCGUCGGCAGGCUGCCACGUCCGAAGCCCCCCAGGACGUGACCUACGCCCAGCUGAACCACUCGACUGUCAGAAGGGGGACGGCCGCACCCCCCGGCCCCCUGGUGGGGGAGCCCCCAGCAGACCCCAGUGAGUACGCUGCUCUCGCCGUUCGCUAGCCCAGGAAGGACCCGGACCCCAGGCUCCAGGGACCAGAUCUCAGCGACUCCAGGAGGCACGGGAGCAGCCAGCAGUGGAGAUCACCCAAAGACCAGCAGCCAGUCCCUGGGCUCCUAACAGACCACCAGGGGCCCCGGGACCCUUUCGGGUCAACCCUCAGAAGCAGCAUCCUGGACCCCCGGUGGCCCAGCGGUUGAGAAUCUGCCGGCCAAUGCAGGGAACGCGGGUCUGACCCCCUUGCUGCGGACAGCUGAGCCGAGGGGCACGGCCGCUGCCGAAGCCCUGUGCCCAGAGCCGGUGCUCCUCGAGAGGAGCCAGCGCGCGAGCAGGCCGUGCACAGCCAGGCCCCAGCCUCCACGCGCUGCAGCCAGAGCGAGCCCACACGCAGCAGGGAAGGCCCAGCACAGCCGCAAAUAAACAAGUCACUAAAGACUGAA